AGAAGCAGCGAGAUUCCAGUGGACGAACUGUCAGCUGCACACCCUGGAACGGAGCACAGAAGCAGAGACAUAAUUGCUGUGGAUGAACAGUCACCUACAAAUCCUAAGGACGAGACAAAAAGCAGCGGGAAAUUAGACACGUGGAGACAGUGGGACAAGGAAGAGGGCAUCAUAUGUGAGGAAACAUUUCGGGUAAAAUCUGACCAUCUUCCCGUUCAGGAUCUAACAGAAAAUACAGAGAAGUGUCGUGUAAACAAAAGUUUCGCAUGUAUGGAGUGUGACUUUAAGGCAUCUUCAAAGCAGGACCUAUCAAGGCAUAUCAGAAAACAUACAGGUGAGAAACCAUAUAAGUGUGACCAUUGUGACUAUGCUGCUGCACAGAAAACCACUUUAGACCGUCACAUAGUAGCUAAACAUUCAGGAGAAAAAUCCUACAAGUGUGAAGAGUGUGGAUUCAGGACAGCUUACAGGUCUAGCCUUAUCCUACAUAUGAGAAAACAUACAGGUGAGAAACCCUACAAGUGUGACCAAUGCGAAUAUUCUGCUGCACAGAAGAAUAGUUUAGACCGACACAUGGUUAAACAUACUGGAGAAAAAGAAAAACCCUUCACGUGUGGAGAGUGUGGAUACAGCACGGGUGACAGGUUUCGUUUAAGCUUACAUAUGAGAAAACAUACAGGUGAGAAACCCUAUAAGUGUGACCAGUGUGACUAUUCUGCUGCACAGAAGAAUAGUUUAGACCGACACAUGGCUAAACAUACAGGUGAGAAACCCUAUAAGUGUGACCAGUGUGACUAUUCUGCUGCACAGAAGAAUAGUUUAGACCGACACAUGGCUAAACAUACAGGUGAGAAACCCUAUAAGUGUGACCAAUGCAAAUAUUCUGCUGCACAGAAGAAGACUUUAGACCGACACAUGGCCAAACACACUGGCGAAAAACCAUUCAUGUGUGGAGAUUGUGGAUACAGGACGGUUUCCAGGGAUCGUUUAAGCUUACAUAUGAGACAACAUACAGGUGAAAAACCCUAUAAGUGUGACCAAUGCGAAUAUUCUGCUGCACAUAAGAAGAAUAUAGACAGACACAUGGCUAAACACACUGGAGAAAAACCCUACAGAUGUGAGGAGUGCGGAUACAGGACGGUUGAAAAGUCUGACCUAUCCAAACAUAUAAGAACACAUACAGGUGAGAAACCCUACAAAUGUGACCAAUGCGACUAUUCUACUUCAUGGAAAACUAACUUAAGGCGACACAUGCUCAAACACACUGGUGACAGACCCUACAUGUGUGGCGAGUGCGGCUACAGGGCAGCUCAAAAAGUUUCACUUUCUAGGCAUAUGAAGACACACACGGGGGAGAAACCCUACAAAUGUGACCACUGCGAAUAUUCUGCUGCACGGAAGAAUACUUUGAUCAACCACCUGGCACAGCACACUGGAGACAAGCCCUACAUGUGUGGCCAAUGUGACUAUUCGACCACUCACCUUUGCCACCUACGUACUCAUGUGAGGAUACAUACAGGUGAGAAACCUUGCAAAUGUGACCAGUGCGACUACUCGUCUACGUCAGCGGGCAAUUUAAAGCGGCACCAGCUCACACAUACCGGUGAGAAACCCUUCGUGUGUGAGACAUGUGACUAUAUUACGUCUGACAAAUUUGCACUUUCCCUACAUAUGAAGAGACACACUGGUGAUGAACCCUACAGUUGCGGCGACUGCGGGUACAAAACGACCAACAAGGCUUCUUUGACUACACAUAUUAUGAUACAUACUGGAGAGAGGCCGUACAGGUGCGAACAAUGUUGCUUUUCCUCCACAACGAAAGGAAGUCUACACAAACACAUUGCGGUUUCGGGACACUCAUCAGACAGCAUAUAAAACACUUGAAACCCUAGCAUGAAAACCCUACAUGUUUUGGCUUAUGAGAACAAUUCAUAAGACUUGUCCCGACAUAAUAUGAGACACAUUCAGGCAACAGACCACUUGAAUACCACCAGUGGAACUUGUAUGACUCGACGCAAGGCAACAAACUUACAGGAACACAUUAUCAAGCACAUGUACACCCCUAUGGAACUGUACAUACACGCGUAUACUGCUGAGUAGAUUUGUAUCCAGACAGUCCAUAGCACUUGUGGGGAACACGCUUCUACAGGGACAGAUAGACAAGAUAGUUUUAAAAAAUCACGGUGUUUAUAAGGACUCUGUCGUGUUUGUGUCGUUUACCAUAUGCAAAUAUUUGAUGACAUGGUUCUUUUUAUGGAAACGUUGCGAUUUCUGACUGAUUUCUACCUCAAGGAAAGCAAAUUCUAAAUUAAGAAAAAAACUCUGUUUAGCAUUGUGCGACAGAAAAGACUUGUCACCCGUUGCUUUUUUUUACGUGGCUUAUUUUAUAUGACCCUCUCUAUUUGCUGUAUAUUCUAUCACACUGAAGUCAAACUCAAUCUCAGAAGACGUACCUUCAUUGGUUAUUCUGAUGUCAUUGGUGAUGACGACCCGUACACGCUUCACGUAUAUUGUUGCAGAGCCAUUUCAAGAUCUAGAUCACUUGUAUUGUUUGGAGAUUAUUUCCAUUUUUGUGUUAUUUGCGAUGUCAAUAUGUAGCAUUGCAGUUUUUGCACCGUGUCUACUCUUGUUUUGAGCAAAGAACUUAUUUUGCACAGCUGUCUUUCUUUUUUCUUACUUCCACAGUUGUACUUGACUUGCCCUUAUUUGAUACUUAGACGAAAAAUACCCCACUCGCAUUAGUUUAGCAUGUUUGUAUACAUUGUGACGCUUGGUUGUUGAAAUAAAGCUACUUAAAAACGAA